AAGUGAGUAUUUUUCGCGCUGGUUGGCCGGAGAGUUUGAGUUUCCCGCAAGCUUUUGAUUCGACUUGAAUGAAAUCCUUCGCUUUACAGGAUGAAUGCGGACAUUUCCCCCCUUUAACGACCGAGAGGAGAUUCAACAGCUCAGUGAGCCUGGAGGGGGUUAGUUCGGAUGGACAGCAAAGGUAGCUCCCUGCCUUCAAUGCCUGAACCAGCCAACCCGAUCAGCAUGAAGCAGCCGCCAGAGUCCCUCAGUGUACGGAAAGGUGGUGGGGACAUGAGCAGUGACCCUGCUUUACUAAUGGACAAAGCUGCUGCCCAGCUGGCCGCCACGCUGCAAGACGGCGCCCUUCAGAAGAUGGCUGGCCACAGUCACAACAACCACAGCCACGAGAGGCUCAAAGACCUCACCUCCCGUGUACUGAAUGGGGACCAAGACGCGCUACCUAAGCUUUGUGCCCCAGAGCCACCUAUGCUUAAGGGUGCUGAAGCCCCUGCUACCAAUGGCACCCACCAGCACAAUUGCACUCCUGAUACUGAACAUGAACUGAAGGUGACGAUACCCCAGGUGGUCGAGCAGCCGCUCUUUGAGCCAUGCCGUGCCAAUGGGACGAGUUUGGCUACAGCCACCGAAGGUACUAUAUCUGGACCAGAGAAGAGAAAGGACUCUAAGAAAAGGAGGGGGGGACCUCAAAAUCCCAACCUCAGUUCCUCUGUCACCCCCGUGGAACCACUGGACCACACAAAUGCUGUAGAUGGAACGGGAGCAGCUGAUGAGUCUGAUCUCAUCCCAGAGUUGACGCAGGAGGAUACAGAAGACUCCCCUCUGCUGAUCCGUUUUUCUGUUGGGGAUUUGGUUUGGACCAAGGUGUCAGGAUACCCCUGGUGGCCUUGCAUGGUGACCACAGACCCGGAAUUCAACAAUCACAUCAAACCGAAACAGAAAGCUGUCAACAACAGGUCGGGCCUCCUUUACCAUGUGCAGUAUUUUGGAGACGCGCCGGAGAGGGGCUACAUCUUUGAGAAAAACAUGGUGUCCUUCACUGGGGAGGAUCAGUACCAGGAGCUUAGCCAGGGCAACAAACCGCCAGCCUCCCGUGUCAUCCACAAAAAGACCGCACCCUCUGUGCCCCUUAAACUCCAGGCUCAGUGGAACAUGGGCAUCAUUCAGGCCAAGGAGGCCUUCAGCAUGUCCCUGGAUGAGCGCGUGGUGAACUUCACAUUUCUGUAUGACGAUGACGGGCCUCAUCUGAACCCCUGCAUCCUGGAGAAGUUGAAGCCACAGCAGAAGAGCAACGAGAUGGACCAGGAAACCGAGUCUAGACUUAGCCCAGAUCUCCACUCCCCGCUGGUGGGCCCUACCAACGAGCCCACAGACGCCCCUCAAUCCCAAGACAGCACUUCAACCGGGAAAAAGACCCAAGCAUCCAGAACAAAACUCAACUGGCAAAGAAGGGGCAAAGGCCAUCUUAAUAAUUUCCUCUCGAAAAAGCAAUUGAACAACACAGUUUCUUCAAAAGAAAUGCUUCAUCCGCUGCCGACCUCACAGGAUCCCACCACUUCUGCACCAGAUCUACAAGCUGAAUCAGUCGUACCUCAGAAGAAAAAGAGGAGACCCAGACAGGCGCAGUCCUCCACAAAGACAGUGAGGAGAAGGAAAAAACCUGCAACGGAGAAGACUUCUGACCCCGGGAAGAAAAGGAAACCAAAGCUGGUUUCUUCGACGGACAAUAUUGCUGAACCAGUCUCACUUCCAGUUUCGCUUCCAGUCAAGAGACAGCGAAAGAAGACCUCUGAAAGGCCACCAGCAGACGCUACGGCAGAUAAGGUUCAGCAGCCUAAAAAGAGACGUAAAACAAGCAAAGAUGCUGCAAAACAGGCCUCGACUUCAGAAGGAACAGACAAAAAGCAGAGAAGGAAGAAAGCUGAAAAAGACGUAACCGAAACCAAGAAGAGACUAACCAAGUCGAAAGCUCUCCUCACUGAUGUCCAAGAUGCAGAGAAACCAAAGCGUAGGAGGAAAAGGAAGCAGGAUGGAGAGAACCAGGCCACGCCCCCCAAGGCAAAGAAGAGGCGGUCCUCCCCGUGUCCUGAUCCCGAGGGCUCUGGGAGUGAAGGACGUCCUGAAUCUCCGAGUGACAGCUUAGACGGGACGAAGAAGGGUGAACGGAAGAAAGAGUUUGUCUGCCAGAUGUGUGAGCAGGCUGGCGAGGACUUGGUGCCCUGUGAAGGCCAGUGUUGUGGGAUGUUUCACCUCCACUGUCUGGGCCUGUCACUCAAACCUGACGAGAAGCUUCUGUGUCAGGAGUGCAGCACAGGAAUUCACUCGUGUUUUAGCUGUAAGCAGUCGGACGGCGCGGUGCGUCGCUGCCACGUCCCGCACUGCGGCAAGUUUUACCACGAGGCCUGCAUCCGCCUCAACCCCCUCACUGUGUUUGACAACAAGGGCUUCCGCUGUCCACUCCACAGCUGCCUGAGCUGCCACUACGGCUGCCGCACCAAGCAGAAGUCCACCAAAGGUAGGUUGAUGCGUUGCCUUCGCUGCCCUGUCGCCUACCACGUCGGUGACCUGUGUGUUGCCGCCGGCAGUGAGAUGAUCACCAACACCGCCAUUAUCUGCACCAACCACUUCAACGCCAAGAAGGGCUACAGCCACCACAGUCAUGUCAACGUCAGCUGGUGCUUCGUCUGCUCUAAAGGAGGCCAGCUGCUGUGCUGUGAGUCUUGUCCUGCAGCUUUUCACCCCGACUGCCUGAACAUCGCUAUGCCUGAUGGGAGCUGGUUCUGCAACGACUGCCGGGCCGGAAAGAAACCCAAAUACAGAGACAUCAUCUGGGUCAAACUGGGAACCUACAGGUGGUGGCCUGCAGAGAUCCACCAUCCCAGAAACAUCCCCACCAACAUCCAGCACCUUCGCCACGAGAUCGGAGAGUUCCCGGUCUUCUUCUUCGGCUCCAAGGACUACUUCUGGACCCACCAGGGUCGAGUGUUUCCAUACAUGGAGGGAGACCGGGGCAGCAAGUACCAGAGGACCGGCAUCGGCAAAGUCUUCAAGAAUGCUCUGCUGGAGGCCGAAGUUCGAUUCAAGGAGAUAAAAAUCAAACGAGAGGCCAAGGAAGCGCAAGAGAACAGCCGCAAACCACCCCCAUAUAAAUUUAUCAAGGUCAACAAACCCUUCGGUAGGGUUCAGGUCUACACCGCAGACAUUUCUGAGAUCCCCAAGUGUAACUGCAAGCCGACAGACGAGAGGCCGUGCGGCUUCGAGUCCGAGUGUCUCAACCGCAUGCUGCAGUACGAGUGCCACCCUCAGGUGUGUCCCAACGGGGAGCGCUGCUGUAACCAGGACUUCACCAAACGUCUCUACCCAGAAACCAAGAUCAUCAAGACCCCCGGCAAGGGCUGGGGCCUGAUCGCUAUGCGGGACAUCAAGAAGGGUGAGUUUGUAAACGAGUACAUUGGGGAGCUGAUAGACGAGGAGGAGUGCAGGGCGAGGAUCAAAUACGCCCAGGAGAAUAAUAUCACGGAUUUCUACAUGCUCACAAUCGACAAGGACCGGAUCAUUGACGCCGGUCCAAAAGGAAACUACUCUCGCUUCAUGAACCACAGCUGUCAGCCCAACUGUGAGACGCAGAAGUGGACGGUGAACGGCGACACACGGGUCGGUCUGUUCGCCGUCUGCGACAUCCCAGCAGGGACUGAGCUGACGUUUAACUACAACCUGGACUGCCUCGGGAAUGAGAAGACCGUUUGUCGCUGUGGUGCUCCCAACUGCAGCGGUUUUCUUGGUGAUCGGCCUAAGAACUCAAACGGUCAAACGGCCGAGCCAAAAGGGAAGAGGUUGAAGAGAAAGUAUAAAAGGAGGAAAACCGAAGGCAAGAAGUCUGACGAUGAUUGCUUCCGCUGUGGGGAUGGAGGGCAGCUGGUGCUCUGUGGCAAGAAGACCUGCACCAAAGCUUAUCACCUCUCCUGCCUCAACCUCACCAAGAGACCUUUUGGCCGCUGGGACUGCCCCUGGCACCACUGUGACGUCUGUGGCAAAAACUCUGAGGCUUUCUGUCAGCUCUGCCCCAACUCCUUUUGCGGUGCUCACCAGGAGGGGGCGCUGCGUCCCUGGCCCCCCACAGGACAGCUGUGCUGCCAGGAGCACGAAGAGCCGGAGGGAACUGACAACCGGGACCGGGACCUCAACUUGGAGACUAACGCGACACCGACGGCCACCGCUGGCGCCCGACUCCCUAAAGGCUCCAGGAAGGCAGUAGCCGGGGCCAAAACAAAAGGCUCCAAGAGGAAAGCAGCAGAGGCCUAACGGUGACCUCUGACCUCUCAGAGCCAAAAGACCAAACUAGACUCUGAUGCCUGCCCCCCCCCCCGCCCCGGUUCAUGAACAAAAAACCCCACGUAAUAAGGUCUCUAAGACGGCAAAAACAAAGGCACUGUACAUCUUCAUCAGGGAAAGCCGCUGAUCGCUCACAUGCUUGGCAGCGGCCUCUAGCUUUAGAGCUCAAAUAUUUUUCUAUUUUUAAACAUUUUCAGGUUUAUUUUUUACUUGUCUGCACUGACCCGAGCCGUCUGUGGUAAAGCACAACGCAGAGCGAGCGCAGGUCAGAAAACUUCAGCUAGUGGAUUUCUACUCUUAUUCUUCCACCAACCAAACGGCA